AAGACGCACUCCAGAGUGUUACAAACACUCGAAGAAGUGCAGUCAUGAAGACCUUCCAAUCCACUGUUAUUUUUCUGCUUGCUGAGUUAUCUCUUGUGCUUGCAACUUCCAACGGUGCAGUCAUAACCUGUCACAGUUAUGAAGACUUUUCCUGGGAGAGAAUACGUGAGAUCGAAAACGCUUCUACACACCGAAUCAAAGAAAUUUGUCCUGGAGAUGGUGAGCACAAGGUGUCCAUCGAAGUACGAGGAUCAGUGAAAUUUCUGUACGAAGAUUCCUUCAAAGGUAUACCCAAAUUACGUAAAAUUUACGUCCCCAAGACGAAUUUAGAAGAGAUUGAGCCUGGAACUUUCAAAGAUUUACCACAGUUAGACGACGUAGAUUUGAGCAAAAACAAUUUGCAGGAAAUUAAAACUGGGACUUUUGUAAAUCUAAGAGUUGGGAAAGUGUACCUGCAAAGGAAUUCGAUUUCAGUUCUUCAGGAGGGGGCGUUCGUGAAUUUAUCAGGAGUUAAAGAAAUAAAUUUUGAAUGGAAUAAUUUACAGGAACUAAAGCGAGGAAUUUUUCAAAAUGUGCAUGUGAAACAUAUCAAUUUGGGGUCAAAUAACAUUUCUAAAAUAGAGGUCGGAAUGUUUGCUGGUGUGUUUCCACUGGAUCAAGAUGGAAUAGUUUUGAGUUUCCCGAACAACAGUAUUGCAGAAAUAGACGCCUCUGUUUUUGAUUACAAGCAUAACAUUUUCUCUUUAUCGUUGUCGAAGAAUUUAAUUUCGGUACUUCGCCCAGGCGACUUGCGCAAUAUGCCUGGUUUAAAAGAGAUAGUACUGCAGGCAGAGAACAAAUUAAAGCAAAUUCCAGAGGGAGUUUUCAACGGUUCGAAAAUCGAAUCCAUUAACUUGGACUACAACGAAAUUUCUUUCAUAGCAAGUAAAGCUUUUGACGAUAUGAAACAUUUACGUCAUAUCAGUAUCGAAUAUAACAAACUUAAAAAAUGGGAUAGUAAUUGGUUCUGUGGAGAAACACCGUUGUGGAUUGCACUUUCGACCAAUUUUCUGGAGACAAUUCCUGCAGGAGCUUUCACGAAUAUUCCAGAGGGUAGUACGUUAAAACUAGACAAGAACCGGAUCAAGAGCAUUUCCGACAGAGCUUUUAGUGGUGUGACCCGUUUGGAGGGUAUUGAUUUGAGUUACAAUAAAAUAAAGAAGUGGAAUGUUGACAUUUUGAAAAAUGUGGUAGUUGAAGAUUUCGUGGAUUUUACGGGUAAUAAAAUUAAGUGUCCUGAAGAUGGACUAACCACUCUGGCCCCUAAAGCACGCAGAGUUGAUUUCGACGAAUGUUUUUAAAUUGUUAUAGAUUAAGUAUGAUAUUUCAAAAUACAACUUUGUGCAACAGUUGAA